AUGUCUCCUCCGAUGCCGGCAACCGCCGAGGGAUUCGCCACAUAUCCCCCCCGGACUGCGCUGCCGCCUCUUUGCCUCGACGCAUCCACCGCCCGUGAAAGCAUCAACGCCGGCGAGGUCGUGAACAAAUGGAUCGCCGCUCUCUCCUCGGCCAUUGACGACAAGUACGUCGCGGGCUUUGAAAGCCUGUUUGUGCAGGAAUCGUGGUGGCGCGACCUCGUGGCCCUGACCUGGAACGUGGCCUCCAAGUACGGUCCCCCGGCCAUCAGCGCAUUUGUCCUAGGAUCAACCACCGGGCUGGGAGAGUUGACGGCCGUACAGACGCCCAUGCUGGGCCCGAGGCUGGAGCAGUUGGGGCCCGCGACCUUUAUCCAGGCGGGCUUCGCCUUUACGACCAAGUUCGGCUCCGGACGGGGGGUCGUUCGCCUCGCCAACACGGGGCCCGACGAGUGGAAGGCCUGGACCGUUUCCACGCAGCUGGAACGGCUAAAAGAGACGCAGGACGCGGGUCGAGACGGUGCAAAUGGACCAGAGACAACGCCGGAGUCGGACGAGCUGCAGGUCCUGGUCGUCGGCGGCGGCCAGUGUGGUGUGUCUUUUGCCGCUCAGCUGGAACACAUGGGACUCCGCUACUUGCUGGUAGACAAGAACCCCAGGAUCGGCGACUCGUGGCGCAACCGCUACGACAUUCUCAAGACGCACACGCCCUCGGCCAUGGACAAUCUCCCGUUCCUGCGGUACCCUGCCAACUGGCCCAGACACAUGACCAAGGACCAGUACAGCGAAUGGAUGGAAUGCUACAGCAAAAUCAUGCAUCUCAAGACGCGCAUGAGCACGACGGUCAAGAGCGUUGUGCGCAAGGACAGGAGCUAUAUAAUCGAGCUCGAGACAAACGGAGCCACUUACACCACCAAGGCGAGGCACGUCGUCCUCUCUACAGGCCUUCACAGCGACCAGCCCGUGCAGUUAGACACCCCGGGCCAAGAUUCCUUCCACGGCCAAAUGUACCACUCGUCCCGGCACAAGUCGGCAUCCAGCGUGUCCAACCUGGCCUGCAAAAACGUCGCCAUUGUCGGGGCCGGCACCAGCGCGCACGACGUGGCCCUCGACUUUGUCACCCACGGCGCCAAGAGCGUGUCCAUGAUCCAGCGCGGCACGGGCCUCUUCCUCACGCCGGAUUCCUGCGAGCGCACCGUCACUGCCCUCUGGGCAACUCCCCAUCUGAGCAUCGAGGACGCGGACCUCAUCGAGACGUCUGUGCCCAAUGUGCUCGCGCUCACGCUGGUUUCUGGCACGACGUCUGUAUGCGCCCAGAUGGACGGGGAUCUCAUCGGCGGCAUGGAACGGGCCGGCAUGGCUUUGAGAAAGGGCGAGGACGGCAUCAGCCUGCUGGAUCUGCUGGUGCUCAAGUCGGGCCACUUUUACAUUGACCAGGGCGCGGCGCAGAUGAUUGUCGACGGGAGGAUCAAGGUCCACCGGUGCAAGGGGGGGCUGGGGGCCUUUUACGAUCGCGGUGUUGAGCUGGCGGACGGGAGGAGGCUCGACGCGGAUGUGAUUGUGCUGGCGACCGGGUGGGAGCGCACCGGUGACGUGGUCGAACGGCUGCUUGGGAGGGACUUGGCCGGCCGGGUGAGUGCCCGGGAAUGGGGACGUCUUGACGAGGAAUCCGAGCGUAUAGGGUGGUGGCGGCCGAGCGGCGUCCCUGGUAUUUGGUGCAUGUCCGGGGCUAUUAGCUGGGCGAGGCAGUACUCGAGGGUGCUGGCGCUGCAGAUUGAUGCCGUGGAGAGGGGAUACAACGACGAGUAUUAUCGAGAGACGGCGGCUGCCGGCGGACGGGGGGCAGGAUGA